AUGGAGCUUGUCAAUAACGAUGAACAGAUAAGUGCUUUGUUAGAUACUUCAUUAUGUUUUGAGCAGAUCUUUCCCCAACUAAGUAUUAUAUCCUCCCUUACCUCCUCGGCCACAAACAAUACCCCUACACAAGUUGUGCGGAAACUGGAAAGGGGUAACUCAUCACCUACCGAAGACUUUGCAUUUGAUUGUGAGCAAUUCACCUUUAGUAAUGAGAUGAUCAAUGAGUACGCUUCAAAUUUUCAAUGGAUUAAGCUGCUUGAUGAUGAAUGGUCACAACCUGGACCCAAUUCGAAAACAGAUGAGAUAGCAUUGGAGCCACCAUCGGUUGAAUCAACCUCAAAUAAUCUGCCUUCCUUGGAAAGUUUGUUGUCCCAGAAUUCACCAACUAUAUACAGUCACCCUGAUUCAGCAGCGUGUAUGGUUACAGAGUCCAAUAACAUGUGUCAUAGAAAAACGUUGAGUUUGGCCUCACCGUUGCAAAUGCCGGACGAGGAGGACUACCUCAUGCCAACGUUCAAACCUAUACUGAACAAACGAAGAAAAUUGACAACUAAUGAAUGCCAAGCCAAACGACGUUUGUCCCUUUCUUUAUCCACUAAAAGCAAAUCCUUUGAUGCAAACCAUUUCAAAGGUAAUGACAUAUUUACGUAUAAAUUUUGCAACAAGAGCAAACCACAACAAAUGAACUUUAGAAUCAGCAAGUCGACAAAAGAGAAUUCACAACUUUUGCGACCCCCAUUAAAACCAUCGGUUACAAUUACUUCCAUCGACACAUUAAGUCGGACCCGACAACCAUCGUGCCCUACGAAUUCAGCGUCAAGAAUCGUCGUCACACCUCACAAUAAUUCAACACUGGCAUCCGUGUCUAGCACAUCCACUAUUAUAUAUGUUGGAAAUCCAUUCUAUAAGCCAUUUCAUGGAAAUGCAAGGAAGCCAAGCGUGAAUAGGUACUCAGAAGACAUAAUAAACAACAAAGAAAGGAAUACAUAA